UCAGAAGUGAGCAAAUCCUGAGCCUUCAUUUGAAUACAAAACGUACAAAUAGAGUUACUCCGAGCGCUGCGCGUUUUUUUGGAGAGACACAGCCAUCAUGCCAGACCCGUCCAAAUCGGCUCCUGCGCCCAAGAAGGGUUCUAAAAAGGCCGUCACCAAGGCACAGAAGAAGGACGGCAAGAAGCGCAAACGCGGCCGCAAGGAGAGCUAUUCUAUCUACGUGUACAAGGUGCUGAAGCAGGUGCACCCCGACACCGGCAUCUCGUCCAAGGCCAUGGGCAUCAUGAACUCCUUCGUCAAUGAUAUCUUCGAGCGCAUCGCCAGCGAGGCCUCCCGCCUGGCGCACUACAACAAGCGCUCCACCAUCACGUCCCGCGAAGUGCAGACGGCCGUGCGCCUGCUGCUGCCGGGCGAGCUGGCCAAGCACGCUGUGUCCGAGGGCACCAAGGCUGUCACCAAGUACACCAGCUCCAAGUGAGGCGUUUCCUGGCGUCCUGAACCCAAAGGCUCUUUUCAGAGCCACCCACACGAUCGAGAAAGGGUUUCGAACACGGUGAAGGGUUACGUAACCUAAUAUGUCUCCAUGCGCCCUAGCGGUUGCCGGGUGCGGCCGAAUCUGAGCCUCCUCUG